UCUUAGCAUCCGCCCCCAACACCACAUCCCAAAAGCGUCGAUCCUUGCCCUUUCGCUCUGUCUUAUCGUCCAGGAUUCAGCGCCAUAAAAGUAAAUCUAGAAGACCAACGUGCGCACCAGCCUCACUUUGGUUUUGCGGGAUAUGUUGCGGUCUUUCCAUAUCCUAGUGAGUUUAGUCAUCGCUACUUUGGACAUUUGGAUUCUUCUAGAUAUUUCACCCACGCUGCCACCCACGUUGCUGAGAAGAGAGCCCAGGUUUACGAAAUGGUCAACAAAUCCCAGGUCUCGGAGUUCAUUGGAGCGAAAUAGUGUACCAGGUCUGUUUACCACCAACACCUUGGUCUUCGCCUUAUUUAUGGUGAGGCCAACUAAUUCACUCUUCCUUUCCACUCUAGAAAUAAGUUCAGCCAUUUUUUGCUCAGACGUUGCGAACAGUGUGGUGUCAAGUGCAUACCGCAGGUUGCUAAUUUUUCUGCCACCAAUAGAAACUCCACCUUUCCAACCAUCCAAUGCUCAUCUCAUAAUAUAUUCCCCAUAGAUAUUGAAGAGGAUCGGAGAUAGUAUACAACCCUGUCUAACACCUUUCUGCAGCUUAAAGGGUUUUGACAAAACAUUGUUCACCUUAAAGGUCUGCGAUGAGAAUAACUAGAUGCUAUGGUACUCCCAUUUCUGUUAGAAUGUUUAGAUAUAUGGAUAAUGCGUUUAUUUUCUUUUUCAACAUACAUAUACAUUUCAGAGUAAUACAAUAAAAAAAGCAAGAAAUCAGCUAUGAAAUAAAUAUAUGUAUGCUGCAGAAAGCAAAGCCAUCAGCCAUCACCUUCAUGAUAAACAAAUGACAAAUGGAAGCGGUAACAACUGUGGCCAACAUCAAAUCAAUACAAAGAGCAUUCUUAGUGCUGACUGCGCUUCAACUCACUGCGUACCUAUUCCCAAAGCAAGCAACAGUCCAAGAUGGCUAUGAAUACGACUAUAUCAUAGUGGGAGCUGGUUCUGCCGGAUGUGUAAUUGCAAAUAGACUGUCUGAAGAUGGAAAACACAAUGUGCUCCUUAUUGAGGCCGGCGAUGACCCUCCUAUAGAAGUUAUGCUACCAGGAGAAGCGCUUUACAUCCAAAACUCCCAUCUUGAUUGGAACUACACAUCAUUAGACGAUAACUACGUUACACAAUAUAAAAAAAACCCCACCGUUGAGUUAUCACGGGGCAAAAUGUUGGGCGGAUCCAGUGGAAUGAACUACAUGCUUUAUGUUAGAGGAUCACCACACGAUUUUGAUACGUGGGCUCAAAUUGUUAAGAAUAAUAACUGGGCUUAUAAAAACGUGCUUCCAUAUUUUGUCAAGAGUGAAAGAUUGGAAGAUCGCACUGUACAAAGGUCACGGUAUGGGCCAUACCACGGAUAUACUGGUUAUCUAGGAGUACAAAGAGAAUACACAGUAAACAUUGAUCAGUACUUGCAAGCUUUUAAAGAGUCUGGAAAUAACGUCGUACUGGAUACAAGCACCGGUGACUUGGGUUAUACAAUACCUUUAUUUACCGUUUCGAGAGGUUACCGACAAAGUACGAGCUAUGCCUUCUUGUCCCCAAUCAAGAAUCGAAACAAUUUACACGUUCGGAAAAACACCCUAGCAACCAAGAUUAUUUUUGAUAACACCAAAACUGCUGUAGCUGUUGAAGUAAUAACUAAUGAAAAUAAAAAAUAUACUAUCAAAGCAAAAAGAGAAAUAAUCCUUUCAGCGGGGGCUAUCAAUUCUCCUCAACUUCUUAUGUUGUCUGGUAUUGGUCCGAAAACACAUUUGCAGCAAACUAAUAUUUCAGUUUUAGUAGAUCUACCAGUAGGGAAGAAUUUCCAUGAUCACCCUGCAGCAGUGGUUGCAUUUAAAAUGGGGAAAUCGUCUUCCUACCAGCCACCUCCAAAUCCUCACUAUGUUCCAGGACCAUUAUUUGUUGGUUACAUAGCAGAGAAUAAAUCUCAAGGCUACCCAGACUACCAGACUCUCAGUUUUGUCAAAGAUCCAAAAAGUUUUUUAGUAUUUUGCGCAUUUAGCUUUGGUUUUAGGGAUGAACUAUGCCAAUCCUUUUACGACACUUAUAAAGGGCACGACGUACUUUUUAGCGUCCUUAACUUGAUGCACCCAAAAUCAAGAGGUGAGAUUUUAUUGAAGAGUCGGAAUCCUAAGGAUUACCCACUCAUUUACCCACGCUAUUAUUCUGAUACUGAUGAUUUAGAGAAAAUAGCCGCUUACAUCGAAGACUAUAUUCGAGUACUCAACUCUACGUAUUUUGAAGAAGUGAAUGCAGAAUUAGUUCAAUUUGAUUUGCCGACAUGUGCUGGCAUAAAGAGGGGAUGUAGGGAGUACUGGAAGUGUUAUUCUCGAGCGAUGUUUACAUCUAUAUACCAUUAUGUCGGUACUUGUGCCAUGGGAGCGGUCGUGGACUCCAAACUGAGGGUUUAUGGAGUGAAACGGUUAAGGGUAGCUGAUGGAAGUGUGAUCCCAUACAUAACAAGUGGAAAUACAAAUGCUCCCAUUAUAAUGAUAGGAGAAAAAGUGUCUCAGAUGAUCAAAGACGAUAACCAACAGUAUUGAAAAAUAAAUAUGAUAUUACUUUGUAAAAAAAUCCUUUCUUUUACAGCUUGUAAAAGUUUCCUAACAUAGGCAAACAUAUAAGUUCUAUCAAGGUCGAUUACAUGUGAAGUAGGGCAAGGGUAAAUUUCGGAACUCUUCCUGGACUGUUUGUAUGUCUAUAUUUAUUAAUGUGUUAAAUAUUAUCUAAAUUUUAUUUGGAUAUAAGUAAAGAUAAGUAUAAGUACUAAAAUUUUAGUGGAUUUACUUAUGUAGACAGUUAAGAUUUUUCUUAAAAAAUAUUUCUCACAUUAUUAACUAUUGUUAAAAAAAAUACUGACUAAGAAUCUACAGUUGCA